ACGCGCGUGCAAUUCAUUUCAGCAACAGCCGUUUGAACAGUGAUGCUGUACAGUUAAAUGAAAACUGCCCAAGCGUACGUCCAGCAGUUUCCGGUAAUAAAAUGUUUUAUGGCAUCUCGAAUGUAAAUAACUUUCGUCCUCUCGCUGGUGCGCUGCUUCGCACAACUGGGAAGGACUCGCGCGCCCAUACACACUCUCUCUCUCUCUAGCUUUCUCGCUCUCUCUCUCUCUCUUGCUCUCGUUAGCAUUCGCGUCCUUCAAUCAAUCAGCUGUUGUUAGGAUUGGGUACCGUUUCGUCCGUCCUGUCAUGCGCAGUGUGGCCGCGCUCGGAAACGGAACUCCUAACGCCCUUCUAGCACGCUGGUUGCUGGUUUGGUGCUUUUUUUUUGGGGCCAGGAGGGCAUGGUACUGCUGGCAGCGCUGUGCUGCUGUACGCCGUUUUUUGACAGCUCGCUGCUCACACCAGCCCCAUAGUGGUGGAAAAAUGUGGCAAAGUUCAGCAUUUUCGCACAGCACACUACGACCCAGCAGGAUGGUGUGAAGGAAUUGCGCAAGAAUAAGGUGUGCUACUAUCGCCAUCGCGCGCCCGUGUGUGUGUGUGCGAAGUGUGGAAAGUUUGGAAAAUUGUGCGUUUUACAGUAGCAGCAGCAGCAGCAGCAGUAGUAGUAGUAGUACCAGCAUCAGCAAGUUCCCAGCAGUAGCAGCAGCAGCAGCACCACGAACGACCUCUCGCGAAAGGACAUCCUCUCGAAAGGGUGUGUGCGCGUGUGUGAGUGUGUGUGUGCGUGCGUGCAUGUGUGUGCAUGUAUGUGCCAAGUGGAAGAAGCAACCAAGUGACUAUGCAUUAAGGAUUGGGGACGGUCCCCGCUAGGACGGAGUGCCCGCGUACGCCUGAAAAUGAAGUUAACACGAAUGCUGCCCGCGUCCUGCAUGCUGCUGAGCCUGAUGAUACCGCAGGCCCUGCUCGCCCAGAAGCCCACCGGCAGCGAAAGUCCUUCCUACUACAACAUUGGCGGUGUGCUGAGCAAUAAUGAGAGUGAAUCACACUUCGCGACCGUGAUUGCGCAUCUGAACUUUGACCAACAGUAUGUGCCACGAGGUACCACCUACUACGAUAAGACGAUCCGGAUCGAUAAAAAUCCCAUCAAAACAGCGCUCAAUGUUUGUAAACACCUGAUAUCCCGAAGGGUUUACGCGGUAGUGGUAUCGCACGAACCGACGGGUGAUCUGUCCCCGGCGGCCGUUAGCUAUACCAGCGGAUUCUACCAAAUUCCCGUCAUCGGGAUCUCGUCCCGCGAGGCUGCCUUCUCCGAUAAGAACAUUCACGUGUCGUUCCUACGCACGGUGCCUCCGUACUACCACCAGGCGGACGUUUGGUUGGAAAUUUUAAGCCAUUUCGGCUACACUAAGGUUAUCAUCAUACACAGCUCCGAUACGGAUGGCCGUGCCGUGUUGGGUCGCUUUCAGACGACGUCCCAGACAAACUAUGACGAUAUCGAUGUGCGGGCGACGGUGGAAUCGAUCGUGGAGUUUGAACCGAAGCUGGACAGCUUCAGCUCCUACCUGAUGGACAUGAAAACGGCCCAAUCACGUGUCUAUCUACUUUAUGCGAGCCAAGAGGAUGCGUACGUAAUAUUCCGUGACGCGGCCAUCCACAACAUGACCGAGUACGGACACAUUUGGAUCGUGACGGAGCAAGCGCUCAGCGCGAACAACACUCCGACGGGCAUCAUCGGGUUGAAGCUGAACAAUGCGGAAAAUGAGACGGAUCACAUCAAGGAUGCGAUCUACAUUCUGGCAUCAGCGAUCAAGGAGAUGACGGUGAACGAAACCAUAACCGAGGCGCCGAAAGAUUGUGACGACUCUGGUGUCAUCUGGGAGUCGGGCAAGCGACUGUUUGGGUACUUGAAGACGAGAAACAUUCGUGGCGAAACGGGCCAGGUUGCGUUUGACGAUAACGGGGAUCGCAUGUACGCCGAGUACGAUGUUAUCAAUGUGCACGAGAACCACUCGUUUGUAAAAGUCGGAAGCUUCCAUUACGAUUCGGAAAAGCGUAAGAUGCGCCUCAAGAUAAACGACAGCAGCAUAACGUGGCCGGGCAAUACGGGCAAAAAGCCGGAAGGUAUCAUGAUCCCUACGCACCUGAAGGUACUGACGAUCGAGGAGAAACCGUUCGUGUACGCGCGCAAGCUGCUGGACGAUGAGAUUGACUGUGCGGACGAUGAGGUGGUGUGUCCGCAUUUUAACAUUACCAAUGGAAAUGAGCAAGAAUAUUGCUGCAAAGGAUAUUGUAUCGAUCUGCUGAAGGCGCUUGCCCAGCGGAUCAACUUUACGUACGAUUUGGCCCUGUCGCCCGACGGCCAGUUUGGCCACUACCAGCUGAAAAACCACACCACCGGCAUCGGCACAACGGUGAAGAAGGAGUGGAACGGGCUGAUCGGGGAGCUGGUGGCCGAGCGGGCCGAUCUGAUCGUGGCGCCGCUCACGAUCAACCCCGAGCGGGCGGAGUUUAUCGAGUUUUCCAAACCGUUCAAGUACCAGGGCAUUACCAUCCUGGAGAAGAAACCGUCCCGGUCCAGUACGCUCGUGUCCUUCCUGCAGCCGUUCAGCAACACGCUCUGGAUACUGGUGAUGGUGUCGGUGCACGUGGUCGCGCUCGUUCUGUACCUGUUGGAUCGGUUCUCGCCGUUCGGCCGCUUCAAGCUGUCGACCACCGACGGCACGGAGGAGGACGCACUUAACCUCAGCUCCGCGAUAUGGUUCGCUUGGGGCGUUCUGUUAAACAGUGGCAUUGGGGAGGGGACGCCCCGCAGCUUCUCGGCGCGCGUGUUGGGUAUGGUGUGGGCCGGCUUUGCCAUGAUCAUCGUCGCGUCGUACACCGCCAACCUGGCCGCUUUCCUCGUGCUGGAGCGACCGAAAACCAAGCUGACCGGCAUCAACGAUGCGCGGUUGCGCAACACGAUGGAAAACCUUACCUGCGCCACGGUGAAGGGUUCCUCGGUGGACAUGUACUUUCGGCGGCAGGUCGAGCUGUCCAACAUGUACCGUACGAUGGAGGCGAACAAUUACGAUACCGCCGAACAAGCAAUUCAAGACGUGAAGGAUGGAAAAUUGAUGGCAUUUAUUUGGGACUCGUCGCGGCUCGAGUACGAAGCAUCGAAGGACUGCGAGCUCGUGACGGCGGGCGAGCUGUUCGGUCGCAGCGGGUACGGCGUGGGGCUGCAGAAGGGCUCACCCUGGACGGAUGCGGUAACAUUAGCAAUAUUAGACUUCCACGAGAGCGGGUUCAUGGAAUCGCUCGACAAGGAAUGGAUCUUCCACGGGAACGUACAGCAAUGCGAGCAGUUCGAGAAGACGCCCAACACGCUCGGGCUGAAGAAUAUGGCCGGCGUGUUCAUCCUGGUCGGUGCGGGUAUCGUCGGCGGCAUCGGGCUCAUCAUCAUCGAGGUGGUCUACAAGAAGCACCAGAUAAAGAAGCAGAAAAAGAUGGAGAUUGCCCGCCACGCCGCCGACAAGUGGCGUGGCACAAUAGAGAAACGAAAAACAUUACGUGCUUCCCUGGCCAUGCAGCGGCAGUAUAAUGUCGGGCUGAACUCGGUGUCCAAAUCGGUCCAAAGCCAGAAUGCGGAGAAAUCGCGCUACCCGAUACUGCCGCCGCUGCCCCGCACACCGGAACGGGCCUGGCCGAAGGACAAGGAGUACAUCGUGAACCGGAAGAACAACAGUAGCGGGGCCGGGAAGCCGUCGCCGCGCUACAUGCCCACUUACGCUACCGAUGUGUCUCACUUGAUAGUUUAAAUGGUAAACAAAUUAUCGGAGGGAAAUUAAAAAAAAAAGGGUCGGAACCGUAUCCAUCCACCCCACCGGUCUCCAAAUUGCGCCUAAUGAAUGAGUGUAGCCAAAACACUUUAACUACCGUUAAGUAUCGUUGACUAGGGAUGGGGGGAACGGGGAGAGAAGAUAGGGAAAAGGGGAAGGGAAGGAAUGCGAGGACAGAUAACCGAAGAAAACUCCAAUUCCGUGUGCGUGUUGUUCAAUACAGGUAAUUGUUUACAUUCGUUAGAUAAGUAUACACUUUUAAAACACAAACUGCAAACGACGAAUCAAUCCGCCAUGCUGAGCCGACGAGGUGAAGGAUUCGCGCCCACAUUUCGCGUGCGUGUGGUGUGAGUGAGUGUGUGUGUGUGUACAAUCAUUUUAUGGUUUCCAUGUUAAACACGCGUUCUAAAGCCAUAUGUUUCUCGGUACCGUUGCACCGGUUUCCGGUGUGUGCGGCCACCCAAACCACCUAAUAGCCAAAAAGAACAGAAGAAGAAGAAGAAGAAGAAGACGACGGAGGAGAGAAAAACAGCGUGCGCGCGCGUAAUAAUAGUGCAUUUGUAUCAGGUGCUAGUUGUGAGUUAACUAUUGUGUACACUAACAAAACUAAACUGCUUGCGUUUGCUUUGUUCGGUCCUCCAAGAGGGCCCCCCCGCCCCCCACACACCACGGGAGAUCGUUUGAAAGCCGAUCAGAGCGCGUGCGGGAAUGUGUUGAACCUAUUAAACUGCCAUUUGUUUUCCAUUGUUGUGUCGGGUUUGAGAUAUAUUUUUGUGAACCAAAGAAAGGGCAAAGAAUUAAAGGACGAAUGAAGAUGAAGGAGAGAAGAAGAAGAAGAAGAAAAACAAAUAGAAAAAGAUGGGCGGGGUUUGCACCGUAUGAUGUCCUGCAUUAACAGUAGUUGAUAGCCUAACGUCUCCCAAAAACAAAAAGAAAAAAAACAAACAGUACUAGCCAAGGAAAAGAAAGUAAUUUUAUCACUGUUAGUUGUUAACAAAAACCGAUGGGACGACAAAACCAAAACAAAACAAAACGAAACACUGACACAAAAAAAAAACAAACAAAAACAAAACAAACAAGAACAGAAAACUUAACCAAGCUCAGUCAUUUGCACAACAACAAAAAACGUAAUGCCAAAAGAAGAAAUGAAGUAGCUAAACGUACAUUUAAAAGAAAACUAAAGGAAUAGAUGAUAAAAGUCUAUGUUUAAAAAAUCGUAACAUUAACAUUUUAAAAUGCCAAAACCCUUACUAAAAAAACAUGCAAUGAUGCUAAACAUUUGUUAACAUGUAUAAGAAAGAUGUGGAAACUUAGAGUAAACAAAACAAAACCAAACCAAACAAAACAAAACCACAACCCAAGUGUGUGUGCGUGUGUGUGGUCGUAAGGUGUGAGUGUAUGCGUGGUGGAGGUGUUGGUUGGUUGGAGCAGGAGGAGCAGGAGGAGCAAACAAGGAUAACAAAAUAUACAGCCAGUCAUUAUAUUGAUUAUGUAUGAAAACAAACUGAGUAAUAAAAAGGAAAACAUAUUUGACAAUUCGAUACGAAACGCGUGGCUCACGCCGCAUUGUUUGUCCUACAACGAUAGAGAUGAAUAAAACAAAACAUUUAACGAGACGGCCUAA